AUGUCAGAGGCAUAUACAAUGCAUUUUGUGCGUCAAAACACAUCGAUUCCGAUACCGAGAGUCCUCUCUGCGUUUGAGCACUGUGGCAUAACCUACAUUACUAUGGAAAGAGUUACUGGCCAGAUGAUUGGGAGUGGAUGGUUAAAUCGCAGCGCAGAAUCGAGGGCGGCUCUGCUAUCUCAGUUGCGAUGCCAUAUCCGUGAACUACGAAGUUUGUCAGCUCCUGUUGGGAUGGGGGUUGCCAAUGUUAUGGAGGAAGCCCUUUAUGUUGAGCGACUACCAGGUUCUUCGUUGUGGUUCGGUCCUUUCCGUGGUGUUGCGGGGUUUCACCUACAUCUACGUCAAGGUAUCAAGCCUGAUGUAAACCUUGAUCCGGAGAUUAAGCAGCUCGUUGCUCUCCACGAUGGACAGUGGCCUAUAGUGUUCACCCACGGAGACCCUAGCAGCUUGAACAUAUUGGUGAAGGAUGACCAAGUGGUCGGAAUCAUUGACUGGGAGACAGCCGGCUGGUUUCCGGCGUACUGGGAGUACACAACGGCUUGCCAAGUCAAUCCCCAGAACUCCUUCUGGCGGCACGAAAUCGAUCGUUUCUUAGACCCUUACCCAGCUGAGCUCACCAUGGAAGGUAUUCGACAGAAGUAUUUUGGAGAUUUCUAG